GGAAAUCGGUGAGGGAAGUCGAAUAGGGAAAUCGGUGAGGGAAAUCGAAGAGGGAAGUGACACAGGUAAAGUGUCACUUCCAAAUUUUUAAAAAGUCAGUAAUGACAAGAUUACAUAUAUGAUUGCAAAUAAAAUAUAAAAUUUGUUGUGAAAUGAGUUUUAGGGGACCCGGAAUCCGUGACAAUAUUAUGGCUACAAAAUAUACUAAAACACGCGUUAAAAAAUAGACUUUGUGUAGGUAGGUAAUCAAUUUUUAAUAAAAUGAACCUGGCUUCAUAAAAGAUAUUAAUUCAUUACCGAUUUAUAAGCGAAGCGUGCGGUGCGUCGAACGGCUGACUGAAGCGUCUAUAAAUAUAAAAGACAUUAAACAUACGAUCCACAUACAAAAAUAGAUCAGUUUUCUUGUGAAAAUGGAUAAACGUUUAAUUCGAACUAGUGUGUGAAAAAACGCAUUACUUUUCGCAGCCGCGAGAUGGACAUCGACGCCGAAUUGAUGUUCGAGUGUCUCAUCUAUUUGAACAUGUUCUAUUUCCCAAUUUUCGCCACUUGUGAAACCGCCAUGACUAUAGCAAAGUACGCAAGUGUUUUUGUCGACACUCCGUAUAUUGGCCAGGAUGCCAUUGUCGUGUUCACUCGACUUACCUGCGAACUCACGAAAAUACUACUUUAUAGGAGAUUCAAGGAGGAAAAAAGAAAUCUAGUCACGGGAAUCGCAGUUUUCUUCACAUUCAUAACAAUAUCUGGAUUGGUCUAUACGUUUUUCAUACAAAAUCCUGUGUUGAAGUUGGAACAUAUCCUCAAUUCUUUGACCGUAUUGCUCGCUCUAACGGAAGUCGGUUUUGGUAUUUUGCAAUUGACGAUCAAGUGUUUUAGGAAAGAUCCAUACUCCUAAAAAACUUUUUUAUAAAUGCAUUACCUAUACUUUUAGUUAUUUUGCUUUAUUACAAUGUCCAGGAAAAAUUUAACAAUAAAAUUAAUGUAAGUAAAAUGGGUAUUCUCCAAUCUUAAUUUGUAAUUAUUGUCAUAAGUUUUUUUUUUUACUUAAAUAAUAUAUAAAAUUAACCAAAAUUCCUUUAUCAAAGAUAUGCCCAAAUUGUGACCAAAUUAUUGAUUAUAACAAAAAU